AGUUUGCCAGUUAACGCCUCCCGGCCCUCUGAGCCAAUCUCCUAGCAGCCAAGGUCCUCCAGCAGCAGCCACUGCUCCGUCCAUGGGGGCGUUCGACGAGUGCUGCGACGACUGCCGCUGCUACAGCUGCCGUGACUUCUGGUGGUGCGUCCUCUGCGUCGCCAUCCUCGCCGCCGUCGCCCUCAUCGUCGUCCUCGUCGCCGCCUUCGGCUUCGUCCGCCACGUGAGCGUCACCGUGGACGACGCCUCCCUGACGCGCCUCGCGCUCGUCGGCGCGCCGGCCACGGCGACGGCGCUCGCGUACAACCUCUCGGUGACGCUCACCGUGCGCAACCCGAACUGGGCCAUGGGCAUGGCCAACACCAAGCCGCUCGACGCCGCGUACAGCUUCGAUGGCCAGCAGUUCGACCGCCUGCGGCUCGCCGGUGAGGGCGACAAGCACCCCGCCGGCAAGACCAGGGUGUACAGGCUGGCGUCCGGGUCCGGCGGCGCGCCCGUCUCGCUGGGCAACGCCGGGGUCGCCGAGUUCCACAAGGAGAACGCCACGGGGGUGUUCGAGGUGGAGGUGACGGUGAGAGGCGAGGUCAAGUACACGGCGCGCGCCGCCAAGUGCGCCAUCGAGGCCACCUGCCCGCUCAAGCUCCAGCUCGCGCCGCCGGGGCAGGCGCCGGCGGCCUUCGUGUUCCAGAAGGUCAAGUGCAAGCUCGCCAAGGCAGAGAAGAACUGCUAGGACCUUCCGGAUGAUGAUGAUGUUCAUAAAUAAUCUGCAAGCUGGAAGUGGCGACGACUGUCAUGCAUGUUUGUGUAAGUGUUUGCGAUGCGUUUAGUCUGCACUGCACGAACUAAAACUACUAUGGAACGUGCAGUUUAAUGAUCUUCUGCAGUUGGGUAGCUAGUCACUGCUGUCGUAACAACCUUGCUUGGUUAGUUUUUGAAGCUUAAUUCUGUUGACCAUCGACAGAAGAAAAGAACGUUAGCUGCCAGUGGUGACACCAAUAUAUAAGA